GUUGAGCUUCUCUUUGCUGGGAUCCCAGGCGAUAGCUCCGAAAAAAUGAUGCUCUCACGAGCAAAACCUGCUGUCAGCGGAGAAACGUUGCAGGUUGAUAAAAAGAAGAAAAAAGGGAAAAAAAUUCCAAAGCUUGAGGAAUAUCUUGCUAUCAGAGACUAUUCUGGGGCCCUGACUUUACUGGAGUUCAAACGACACGUGGGCGAGAAGGAGGACGACAUUGACAUGUGGGUGGGUUACUGUGCAUUCCACCUUGGAGAUUAUAGAAGGGCUAUGGAGGAGUAUGAAGCCCUCACAAAGAAUGAAGACGUUAACCCAGAUGUUUGGGUGAAUCUGGCAUGUACUUUCUUUUUCCUGGGGAUGUACAAGGAAGCAGAGGAAGCUGCAAUGAAAGCUCCAAAGAGUCGAUUGCAGAAUCGCCUGUUAUUUCACCUGGCUCAUAAGUUCAGUGAUGAGAAGAGGUUGAUGAACUACCACCAGAAUCUGCAGGACAUCACUGAGGAUCAGCUCAGUUUGGCUUCAAUCCACUACAUGCGCUCUCAUUACCAGGAGGCCAUUGAUAUCUACAAGCGCAUCCUGCUUGAUAACCGGGAAUUCAUGGCCUUGAAUGUGUAUGUGGCACUGUGCUACUAUAAACUGGAUUACUAUGAUGUUUCCCAGGAAGUCCUGGCAGUUUAUUUGCAACAUUAUCCUGACAGCACCAUUGCACUGAACCUGAAAGCCUGCAACCACUUCCGGCUCUAUAAUGGGAAGGCAGCUGAGGCAGAGCUGAAAAACUUAAUGGACAUUGCUUCUCCUGUAUUUGAUUUUGCAAAAGAACUCAUAAAGCACAACCUGGUGGUGUUUCGGGGUGGAGAAGGUGCCUUGCAGGUCCUCCCACCGCUUAUUGACGUCAUUCCUGAAGCCAGACUCAAUCUUGUCAUUUACUAUCUGCGACAAGAUGAUGUGCAAGAGGCUUAUAAUCUGAUAAAGGAUCUGGAGCCCACAACGCCUCAGGAAUAUAUUCUGAAAGGUGUUGUGAAUGCUGCUCUGGGACAGGAACAGGGCUCGAGGGAGCACCUGAAGAUUGCACAGCAAUAUUUCCAGCUGGUUGGAGGAUCUGCCAGCGAAUGUGACACCAUCCCUGGUCGUCAGUGCAUGGCCUCCUGUUUCUUCCUAUUGAAACAAUUUGAGGAUGUUUUGAUCUACCUAAACUCUGUCAAGAGUUACUUCUACAAUGAUGACCUUUUUAACUUCAACUAUGCACAGGCAAAAGCAGCUGUUGGCAACUUCAAGGAAGCUGAAGAAAUAUUUCAGCUGAUUCAGAAUGAGAAGCUGAAGAAUGACUACAUUUACCUCAGCUGGCUGGCUCGUUGCUAUAUCAUGAACAAGAAACCACGUAUGGCAUGGGAGCUUUAUCUAAAGAUGGAGACAUCUGGAGAGUCUUUCAGCCUCCUACAACUCUUGGCGAAUGACUGCUACAAGAUGGGACAGUUCUACUAUGCUGCUAAAGCUUUUGAUGUUCUUGAGCGCCUGGAUCCAAAUCCGGAAUAUUGGGAAGGGAAGCGUGGAGCUUGUGUUGGUAUCUUCCAAAUGAUUCUUGCCGGCCGUGAACCAAAGGAGACCCUUCGGGAAGUUCUCCAUCUCCUCCGAAAUACCGGGAAUCCUCAAGUGGAGUACAUAAUCCGUACCUUGAAGAAGUGGGCCAAAGACAACCGAGUGGCCAUCUAAGUGUGGUGAGGGGAAGGACACGGAAUUAAUUAGGCUGAAACUCUUUGUGGAACUGUUGCUUUAAAUGGUUCCGUUCUGAUUUUCUCACUAGCCAUGAGCCCCAACAAAGAGUUCAUACAAAGUGCAUUGUUACCAUGUGGCCCUCUGUGAGAAAGCACUUGCUUCUUUUAAACUGACUAGAAGUAAUUUAAAUUUAAAACCAUGAUUUCAAUAUGGUUUUUAAUUCCAGCUUUUACUCAUCCUCAUUCGGAAGGUAAAGGAUGGAUCAAUUGUCUCAGUAUCUGUAUCAUUCAAUCGUACAGGCACCAAUAUUAUGUUCCACAGCCAUUAAUAUGCAAAGGGAAAGGUUACAGGUCAGUGCAUGUGGGCUGCAUGGUUCUCAAGUAAAGGAGAGUUCAUAAAUUACAUUAAUAUUCUUCAUUACAUUGUUGUCGCCAGCGCCACUCCCUCCCCUGUCCUGUCCUCCCACUAAAGCUUGAACAGGAAAAUUUAAUCCGGAGCCACUAUCUUCUGAUCACUGAUUUCAUUGUGAUGGAGCUCUGUGUGUUCCGGGAUGAGUAAGAUUAUCAUUGAAACGAAACGUGGCAGCACAGUGUUUGCACCAGCACUGAUGGUGUGUGUCUAUGGAGACCAGUUACAGCUUUCGGCACCUCCCCCACCUACUAAAUUCACACUGGGGGGGCAAGCCCAUGAAUCAGCAGGAACAGGUCUGAGCGGCAGCAGGCAACCCACAUGGGGUACUCAAUCAUUUUCAGUUUGGGACAAACAUCUAUUGUGGAUUUUGGAAACAAGAAGAUGCUCAGAGCUGGAAAAUAAUGUAUAGUGUAGUGUAACUAAAUAUGGAAGUGUGUUUCUACUUGCCUUCCCUGGUGCCCUGUCCUGCAAAGUGUGAUGUAUGGAAUACCCUGCAGACACCAUCAAGACAUGCAUGUAUUAUUUGUGUGAGGCACCAGGCUGUGUCCUGUGCCCAAGUGACCAUGCUUGUCCAGAUCUCAGGGAGAAUACUGUCAAGAUAAUCUGUUUAAAAUAAGAUUUAUCAAAUAGUAUUUUCUUUUUAAAGACACUAUGGUUAUGUUACAGUUCUUUUUUGUGUAUUUACAUACCUCUUGUGUAAUAUCUUUUAGAACAAAAAUUUGUAACUUAUUUUAUGUAAAUAAAGCAUUAA